AGAUGUGGCAACAUAUAGCAAUCGUGUGAAAAUGAAAUAAAAAAAUUAAAACUAAAAAAUUUUACUAAUAUGUCUUUACUAUUAUUCUAUUCCUAAUGUGAACUAUAUUUAAGUUAUAAGAAAAGACUAACAUGAAGAAAUGACCAUGGAUAAAUCUUCCUCGGGACCCAGGAAGAUUCUUCGAGCCCCUGCAUUACGUCGGGGUCGGGAGGUCAUUCCCAUAUCUAGUAGGGUAAAGCUAGAAAGGGUGCUUGGUCUAACUGUUUCCAAUAAUUCUGCUUUUGACUGUGAUCCAAAUGCAAGCAUUGUUGCAUAUCCUGCUGGUUGUGUUGUUGUUAUUUAUAAUCUACGAAAAAAUAAACAAGGCCAUAUUCUCAGUAGUUCCAAAAAGACAAUCACUUCCUUGUCAUUUUCUUCAGAUGGCAAAUAUUUGUCUACAGGAGAGUGCGGACACCAGCCUCAUGUUCGAGUUUGGGAUGUUCAGGAAAAAAUUCAAGUAGCAGAAUUUCAGGGCCAUAAAUAUGGAAUUAAUUGUGUAGCAUUUUCUCCCAAUUUGAAGUAUGUGGUUUCAGUUGGAUCCCAGCAUGAUAUGAUAGUCAAUGUUUGGGACUGGAAAAAUAAUGUUAAAGUUGCUUCCAACAAAGUAUCUUGUAAAGUUAAAGCUCUUUCAUUUGCAUCAAAUGGAAAUUAUUUUGUUACUGUUGGAAACCGCCAUGUUAAGUUUUGGUAUUUAGAAUGCUCCCGAUCUGCAAAGUAUAAACAUGAAGCAGUGCCAUUGAUGGGACGAUCUGCUAUAUUAGGAGAUCAGCGAAACAAUUAUUUUUGUGAUGUUGCCUGUGGAAAGGGAGAUAUGACUGAAAGUACUUAUGCCAUUACCAAAUCAGGUCUACUUUGUGAGUUUAACAGCAGACGUCUCCUGGAUAAAUGGGUUGAAUUGAGGACUACUAGUGCAAAUAGUAUAUCAGUGGGAGAUAAUUUAAUUGUCAUUGGUUGUGCUGAAGGUGUAAUUAGAUGUUUUAAUCCUUUUAAUUUAAACUUUAUAUCAACAUUACCUAGACCUCAUGCACUAGGAGUAGAUGUAGCUAAAGGUCUAGUGGCAGGUAAAUCAACAUCCUCGCAUCAACCUAGUGCCAAGUAUCCAGAUACCAUUGCCAUAGCUUUAGAUGAAAUUAAUAACAAAGUCACUUGUGUAUAUAAUGAUCACAGUUUAUACGUGUGGGACAUCAAAGAUACCAAAAAAGUAGGAAAAUCUCAUUCUUUCAUGUAUCAUAGUGCCUGCAUUUGGGGUGUUGAAGUUUAUCCAGAAUUAAAUGAAAAUUUGAAAAAUAUUUUGCCCAAAGGAACGUUUUUAACUUGUUCUAGUGAUGAUACUAUUAGAUUUUGGAAUCUUGAACCUUCUAUUGAAGAUGAUACUGGUUACCAUAGGAACAUCUAUAGUACUGAAUUGCUCAAAAUUUUAUACAUUGAUUCAGAGCUUUCUUACCUGUGUGAUACAGAAUUGAAUUCUAGUGGUAGUAAUGACAAGGUUGAUACCACAUAUGAUGGCAAAAAUGGAGUUCGGUGCCUCAGGAUAUGCCCAGAUGGUAGAAAUCUUGCAUCCGGGGAUCGAUCGGGUAAUAUCAGAAUUCAUAAUUUAGAAUAUGUUGAAGAAUUAUGCAAGAUUGAAGCCCAUGACUCUGAAGUGUUGUGCCUUGAAUACUCUAAACCUGCUGUUGUUAAUGGUCAAGAGACACGCUAUCUUGCGUCUGCUAGUCGAGAUCGCCUCAUUCAUGUUUUUGAUGUGAAGCAGGAUUAUGCUUUUCAACAAACACUGGAUGAUCAUUCAUCUUCCAUUACUGCAGUGCGAUUUGUGCAGAAUGAGGACACACUCCAGAUGAUAUCAUGUGGUGCUGACAAAUCUAUUAUUUUCAGAAAAGCAACUUAUAAUCCUCAGUUGUCAUUGCUAAGAGAACAUCACGUAGUUGGAAAAACGACACUGUAUGAUAUGGAAGUGGAUGUUCAGCAACGUCACAUUCUUACCGCUUGCCAGGAUAGGAAUAUCAGAGUUUACUCAGUGUUGAAUGGAAAACAUGUCCGAUGCUUCCGUGGCUCUCAAGGAGAAGAUGGAACAUUAAUAAAGGUUGUGCUGGACUCUUCUGGGACGUACCUUGCAACCAGCUGUACAGACAAAAGCUUGUACCUGUAUGAUUACAUUACAGGAGAAUGCCUAGCAACAAUGUUCGGACAUUCAGAACUGGUGACUGGAUUAAAGUUUUCAAAUGAUGGCAGACAUUUGAUUUCUGUUUCUGGAGAUGGGUGCAUAUUCUUGUGGAGAUUGCCGAUUGAUGUAACUCAAAACAUGCUGAAUAAGCAAAUUCUUAUUGAAGGUUCUGGUCUUCCAAGUUUAUGGCAAGAUGGCAGAAAGAAUGCCAUAGCUAUCACAAAGCCUAUUCAACUGUUGGAUAAUAAUGGAGAUAAGACUGAUAAUUCAGACCUAGUCAAUAAUGUGAAUGCCAAUGAAACAACCCCUCCAGGCUAUAGAUUUAGUAUUGGUCAAUUACCAUUAUGGGCCAAGAAACAAGUACUUGAAAAACUGCCUGACAAUUCUAAUCAGAAUUUACCCCCACCCAUACCCCCUAGAGGGCGUUGGGCUCAGAGAGUUGAUGGCCAAGGCCUUGUGGUUCGAUCUUUUUUGGAGGCUGACUCUGUUAUACCUUUUCCUAAUGUUCCAGAAGAGCAUCAGGCCAAAAAUGGAAAUGAAGAUUUUAACCAGAAUGAAUCUACUAAUCUCCCAAACGAUUCCUUCAAUUCAAUGGAACAGAGCAGAAGAGAAAUUUUAAAUGGAAGCAUUGCUGGGGAAAUGAAUGGUGGUGUAAAUAAUGCAGUUCUGCGCCAUCCCGAUGGUAAUCUCAGAAACAAAAGAGAACGAGCAUUUCCACUGUCUAAUUCAAAUGUCUUACGUUCAGAAGACUUGGAUGCAGAGGAUGAACGGUCUGAUUCUGAAAUAAGCGAAAUGAUUUACUACCCUAUCUCUGAAGAUGGAUCUGAUGUCAUUGAUGUUUCUUUUCAUGUUUGUGCCAAUAAUGAAAUCUCAAAGGAAAAUCCAGGAUAUGCCCAAAAACCUAAACUUGAGCACCAUCAAGGAGAAGCACUAGCAAUAAACACACUGGAACACGAAGCAAACAGUGAUGACGAAGAAGUUAGCACGCCCAUUGAUAGUGAUCGAUCAUUCCUGAGCUCCUUGUGUAUUAGUACUGAGAAUCUGGAAAGGCUGGGGCAGAGGGAAAAGUUUAUGAAAAGCAAUUAUGAGAGUUUAGAGAAAACAGAUUCCAUUGAAUUGCACUCAGAUGAUGUUUUUGAUAAAAAUUUCUACAGGCAAAGUAUAUCUGCAAAGUUCUUGGCUGGAUCUCAUUUACAAACAAGGAGAAUCCUUACUAAUGGAAAUUCUAAAUCCCCUGUUCCACCAGAGAGACAGAUGAGUACACCUACAAGAAAAAGAGAAGAACUAUUGAAAGCAUUAAGUGAUGCUAAAAAGAAAUUAGAAAGUGUUGGAUACAGACGAGGCUUAAGUAGUAGUAAAAGCAUAGCUGAUUUGCACAGUACUCCAGAUAGAGAAAUGUUUAAAGUACCCUCCAAUGGCACACCUGGUGAUAUUCGUCGAGCUGCUUCUAUGAUGGAUUUAUCGCAAUCUCUGAAAAGGGGCCUGUCUCUAACUCUGAGACAAAGUGAAAAUAGUCCGGAAUCUAAUGCACCAUUAUGGAGUCAAAGCAAAAUGUAUCCAGCCUCAGUAUCUACUUCCCCACCUCAGUCCCCUAACCUAACCUCAAACAAAAGUUCUCAAGAUGUUCAAGUAACUAAAACCACUCCCAGCCAGUCUGAAGUGUCUCGUAGCAGCAGCUCCAGCUCCUUGUACAGCAAGAAACAGAACUUAUCGGGAACUCUCCGCAAAGCUUCAUCCGUGUACUCUUUAGACCGAACUUUCCAACGUUCUGCGACCAGCUUGUCCUUUUCAAGAAAUACACCUAGUCCCUCUGGACGUUCUAGUCUACAACCACUGCCAAUACGGAACCAAACUCCUAACAAACUAAUGAAUCGUGAUGUGUCAGACUCUUCAUCGGAUUCAUCACCCACUGAGUCCACUCCAAUGAAGAAUGAUAGAUCUUCGGCAUCUAGCCGGCCCUACGGCAUGCGAAGCAGAUACUUCAGUCUUACGGAUAGUAUACAUCCGCCAGAUUUGAAACCUUCCUCUGUAGAGUCUUCCUCUAGUUUAGGACUACAAAAAUUGAGGAUGAAGUCUCGUAGCGAAUGGGACUUAAAGAACAAUUCUUCGAAUGAUUCCUUCAGGUCUGGUAAAGACUCUUGGCAGAAUAACCGAUACCUGUCAUAUUCCCCACGUAAAAAUUACAUUAGGCCUCUCAAACCCAGCCUGGCAGGGAUUUCUUCCACGUUUUCUAAUUCUGAUAACUCAGAGGGAAAGAGGAAUUUAAGUCAAUCAGAAGAUGCCUCUUUAUUUUCGUGUGAUCCAGCUUCAGUGCCAUUGACUCCUAAUGUGUGUGAGAGCAUUGCAGAAAAUUUGGCAAGAGUUUCUUCCUUUGCUAUGCAUGUUUUACAUAGACUCUCAUUAACGGAUCUUCCACUUGAAGAGAAGUCGACCAUGACUAAUACUUUAGCUGAUGGUGUUUGGCAAGCGCAACAAAACCUUCGACCAGCUUUUAACAUGCUAAAUCCUUGGCCGUUAGAUGUUCCUUAUGACUCUUCCCUGAGAAGGCUUCCUAGCAUGAAUUUCCCUUUUCCUAAUGGGAAUUCACACGAUCAGAGGUAUCCGCAACAUGCCGCUUCCCAACCGGACUCCAUGAAUGCUUUUUUACAACAGUUCUCGGACAAGCUGCUGAGCAUAGUUGAACAAAAAAUGUCUAAUAGUCAAAAUAAGCCAAAUAACUAAAAAUGUUUCUUUCUAUGUAAUGUAUAGAGUUAAGUGUGAAAGAAGUAUGUUUUUAGUUAUAAAUGAUGAAUGCGAAUAGAAGUUGUAGUGGUUUGUUUGCUAUGACACUUUGUAUAAUAUUUUUCUUUCAUCUAUUUUGAAGAAAUUUUUAUUAUUUAAACCAAGUUUUAAUAUUUUCUUUCUUUAUUAUAAGGAUGAACAUUCCAUUUUUAUUAACCUUGAUUUCCUGGCUUUCUGAGGGACAAUAAUCUUCCAGAAUUUCCAAUGUCUUUCUUGUAACUCAGAAAGUUUUUAUGAUGUUUAGACAUUUUUAAGUGUUUUAUUACAUUGACAAGUGUCCUUAUCCAAACAAUUUUAAAUCUUUUUUAGUUUUUAAGAUGUUUAAUCAAAUAAAAUAAUUUGCUUAUAUUUUCCCCCCAGUCACACCUGCUAUUAAGAAUGUAUAGUUGCAUUGAAUACAGGGUGCCCACUGAAAUCUUUAUCUGCGUUUUUAAUAUUCAAAACAGCCUCAGCUAUAAUUAAAAAAGUGUUGUUCAGUUAUAGUAAAGUAACUAUGCUCUACAAGAUAAGACUGCUUGUAGCACCAUCUGGUAGAAAACUGAAGAGUCAGUGUUUUUAUCUUGAAAACUGUACAAGAUGAUUUUAAAAAGGUGAAACAUAAUUAUUUUUUAAUAAAUAGACUCAGUGUGGAAUAAAUGUUAAAAAGCGCAUUAAUUUAUUUUUGGUUUCCUACCUUUGCAAUGAAAUAAUGAUCUUUAAAAGAAAAUUUUUUUAUUGUGAUUUUUAAACUAAAAUUUUGUGCUUUAGAAAUAAUGGUAUGUUGUGAUAACUAGCUAGGUUUUUUUUUUUACUACUUUCUAAAUUAAUUUAUCAUGUCACUAACAGACAAAUACAUUAUUUAAACCUUCUUCCUUACAAUAAUCCCUACAAGAUGUCUGUUUGUACUAAGUCAUGUUCUACCUCAUGUAGUUUUUGAGAUUGAAACACUUACUCAUCAAUUUUGUACAAGGUGCUCUUGUAUCCAGUUUCAUCUUAUAACACAUAGCCACUUUAGUAUGCUUAAACACCUCUUUCAUAACUAAAGCUGCUACUGUUCAAAAGUAAAGAGUGCGGUUGCAGACUGCAUUAGGCAUCCUGAAUAAUUUAUAUUUUAUUUACAAAUUAAUUUAUGCCCCUUUAGUUUAAACACUGUUAUUGAGCUUAUGUUAUAGAUAUUAUAAUAUAGAAAAUUGCUCAAUUCUAACUCAAAUAUUAACACAUUUUGUAUUCUAUUACUGUAUAAAAUUACUAUAUUUUUGUUUAUGUUAUCACAGAUUCAAAAUUGCUCCUUUACAUUUACCAUAAUUUCUCUUCUCAUCAUUGUAUUCUGCACUUGCUUUCUACCGAAAAUGUUUAACCUAAAAAUAUUAUUCACUAAUUGUGUACCAGACUUCGUAGUUGUCCUUUCAUUCCUCAUGAAAAAUAUUUUAUCUUGAUUUUUAGCGUUUUCCUUCAUGUUUGUAUGUGUUUAUAAUAUCCCAUUUUCUACAAAUACAAAUUUAUAUUUUAAAUGAUUGAUUGAAAGUUUUAGAUUUUUAAUCCAACAUCUUUUUUUGUUAAUAGUGUUUGUAAAAGUUACAAAUAUUUUAUUAUUCGAACUUGGAGACUGUUCAUAAAUUAACAAGUAUAUACAUAGUUCAGGCAUAUAGCCUUACUUGCACAGUUUGUUGUUUCAAACUUUUUGGUCAGUUCAGUCAUUUUACAAAACAAAACUGAGUUAAGUUUACAUAAUUAAAUUUUUAUACAAUUGAUUCAUGGUUUGUCCACUUAAUCAUUAUUUUCUGCAAAUACAAUAACUAAUAUUAUUAUAGGUUGGAGUUUUGUAAUUUCGUGGUUGUUUUGCUUUUUUACUUUCCUUCUAAUAUUAAAAAGCAUUGAUUCCAAUAAAUAAUACAGUAAUCAUAUUGAAGAGCUCUUGAAUUGAGAGAUCAUCAACUAAACUGGGUACAAAAAUGUUAUACCCCAUAUUCACUGUGUUUUCAAGUCUAGUGAAACCUUAUUUUAAAAUUAUUUUAUUAAAUAAGUUUUGAACUCUUAUAAACUUUAAAUAAAUAUUGGUGUAAGGAAAUAUUAUCUAAUCGAUAGAAGUUAUUUUUUUAAUGCAGCAGUAGUUGAAAAUUUUUCCAUGCAAUGAUUUGAAACUGUUAUGAGAUAUUCUGUACGGAUAAAAUUAUACUAGAAACUGUUGAAACUUUCUUUUUUCCCAAACAAAUCAAUUCUGGAUUUAAAAAUAGUAAUUUGUAUUGUUUUUUUUACAGUAAAAUUUGUUUGUUUUACAGUUAAGUAGAAUAUAUUAUUUAGUUUGCCUUUUUUAAAAUGCAUCUGUAUACUGUUCCAAAAGUGUCCUGAUUUUUUACUUUUGCCCACUACGAAGCCUGCAUAUAUCUCUUUUCUAGUUUCACAAUUUAUUUAUAAAUUUAAGUCAUACUUAUUGUACUCUUGAAACUUGCUCACUAAUAAAAGUAUCAAAUAAUUUUGUAUUAUAUUUCUGAAAAUUAUUUUAAAUAUAUUCUAGUUUUAAAUGUUCAAAUAAUUCACCUAUUUUUUUUUAUCACUUUUGCUAUUAAAAAUGUAUAGGUUGUUUUAAAUGUAUUAUUUUAUAUGAAAAUAAAUUUAUAACCUUUUCUAAUUUAGCUUAUUAAACUCAUAUGCUAGUUUAUUUAAAUAUUAAAAUCUCAUUUAUAUUUUAUGUCUUAAAAUCACUUUGAAUUUAUUUCUUGGAUAAUUCUUAAGUAUUAAAGUGUUAAUACUUGCUCACUUCCAGCUAAAUUCUCGAUUAAAAUAAUUUGUAUUCUCUUUCUGUAAAGUAUUUUUAUCAUGGUAUUUCGCUUUUAAAUUUUCCAUUAUUUUGUAAUCCCAAUUUGUUUUUGUUUUUUUUAUCCUUCUUGUUUCUUAAAUUAUUUGAAAUGUAAUAUUUUAUUUUCAACUUUAUAUAUAGUCUAUGAAUCAUUGUUGAGCUUAUGUCAUAGUUAUCAAAAUAUUGAAACUUGCUCACUUCUAAAAAUAAUGUUCAAAUAUUUAAAGUCACUGAACAUAUUAUAUUUUCUUCCAUAUAACUGCAUAGUAAUUACCAAUAAUAUUUUAUGUAAUUUUAACUCAAACAAUUUAGUCAUAAAAAGUAUUAUAUCGGUCACAAACGAUAGAAUUUUUUAGAGACAGUAUGUGUUGAUAAGAAUUUUAUGUUUUCAGUAUUAUGACAAAAUUAGAUUUAUUUUUUUAUUUAUUUAUUUUUCUGGUAACAAGCACAAGCAUAUCACAUCUUUGUCAUGAAGGACCUUCAAUAAAUUUGAAUGUUUUGUUGCCAACAUAUGGUAUUAUUUACAAUAGAAGCUCCUAAUUUAUAAAUAAAAUGCAUUUAUACUGUGUUUAAGGCUUAUUACAUAAGUUAAUUGUUUAAUUUUUUUUUCCUUAAACAUACUUGAUAUUUUUGAUCAAUGUAUAUUUAACGCUAUAAGUUAUAAACUAUGCUGUUUUCAUUUAACAUAGGCUUUUUUUUUUCUCAAAAUAGAUCUUAGUUAACUUUGGGAAUAACUUGCAUAUAUUAAUCUUUUUUUUUUCCUUUCAAAACUGCUUCAUAUUUUUAAAUUGUAAAUUUACUUUUUAUUUCUAGUGGGAAAAAAGGGGGGGGGGAUUCCUUAACUCAUUGGAAAUUGUUUAAUACUCAUUGUACAAGGUGCGUCUAAUAAGUUAGAGGACAGGAAGUAUGAAACUAAACUCAAAGUAACACCAGUUAGUCAAAGCUUUCUUUUUAUACUGUCAAUAACGUAGCUAAAAUGAGAAAGGAUUCUGUUUACAGAAAACCAAAUCUAUAUGAAUGAACUGUCCUUACUAUUUUCUUAUUCAUCUAAUAUGUACCUGCCGAUUCCACAUUAAUAUCUUUCAUAUCUUCUUGAUAUUGUCAAACUAAAUGUGGUCAAUCUUUCAUAUUUUAGUUACUUUCUUGAAAAUGUGUAAACUAACAUUUUUCUGCUAUCAUCAUCUGUUCUGUACAUUUGAACUGACAUUGAAGGAUUCAUUUACCCAAUUUCUGACAAAAAUUUAUGUUUAUUUGUUGCUCCUUUACAAAUGUUUUGGAAAAAGCAACAUGCCUUUGCCUCUAGUAGACAAAUAGGACAUUAUUCUAGUUUGGCAAGUUUUGACAAUGGAUCUCUAUUUUUGAGCACUUGAAGCAAUAUCAGAUUUUAUUUCCAGCUUCAGUUUUUAGGGAUUAUUCAAUAUGCCAUCACUUUUUUGCCCUUUUUUCUGCAAACCAUCUCUCCUUGCAUGCAUUGCUACUGAGAUGCAUUCAAUAAAUUUUUAAGCGUGCCUUUAUAUAUAUAUAUAUAUAUAUAUAUAUUCAUUAUAGUCCUAAAUAUUUCAUUUAUUGAAUUUUCAGCAUGAAUUCUCUUCACACAUUAUUUAUUUUUUUCAAAAUUCAUCUCUACUCAGAAAAACUAAAAAUAAGAAUUUUUGCAUUUUAUUUGCAAUAUAAUUUGUGUUCUAAUCUCUGAUAACAGAAAUAUUUUGCCAUUUCAAAAAAUUACUGACAGUUAUUACAAAAUAAAUUAUUCAUAAUUUGUAGCUCUUUAUUGUAAUUGAAAUUAAAUGUUUUUUUUUCCAACAUAGAUCUAAAAUAUCAGUAUACAUACCUUUGUUUUUUGCAAAAAGUGACUAUGUUUUGUAAGAAAUAUGUAUUUUCAAUUUCAUAGGUCUAAAAGUAUCCUUUUCAUUUCAAAAAAAAAGUAUCAAAACUUUACUUAUAGGUGUAAUAUUCUGUUAUUUUGACCAAAGAAAAACCUACUUCCAUUGUGUCUUCUAUGCAUACGUUUUACAGAUAUUCAGAAUGUUUAUUUGACCAAUAUUUGUAAAUAGCUAUGUAAAUUUGUUACAUAAAUCGAAUGAAUUUGUCUUCCACUGUGAGAGGAAACAGUGAAUAAAAUUUUUAUAACAUA